GAGCCUAGUUUGGACUCUUCGUCGUACUAGUUUAACUUGGUAUACAGUCCUCCUAAUUAAGAUCCAUCAUCAAAUAUAAUCCCUAAAAGCCUUCAGCAAAAUGAAGGGCUGUAUAAACAAAGCGGCAAAUUUAAGAUUCUUUCUGCGAUUCAGACAGAUCAACAGGGAGGGUCAGAACUUCGUGCGCCACACGCAUCUCAAUGAUCCUAUUCUGUAUCAACCAUCCCUCGUCUAGCACUAAACGGACUUAUUUCACGAGAGAGCACGCAAUCAUACCAAGUAUUAGUCAUGCAGACGGACUAGCCUCGCUAUCCAUUUUUACCAUAUGGGUCUAUGAGGAUAAGUCGAGGGGAUGUCAGUGACAGGCAAGCCAGGUUCAAUGGCGUAUCAUGGAAUUCGUCUCAAACUUGUGCACUCCAACAAAUGACGGACGGAAUGAUAGAUGACCCUCAGGCAAACUUCUCGCUUCCUACAGUAGAUCGUAUCUCAUCUCAAAGAACAAUCUUCCGGGCUACACCAAUAAAAAGACAUCGAGAGUUGCUUCAGUCUUUUCGUGAACCAAGGGGAUACCCGCAAGGACAAGAUUAGAGGCUGCGGAAAUUGAUGAAAAUGCAGAAAUCAACCAAAUGCCUGGCGCAAACAACGUCAGACCGCUACCAUCAACACAGAUUGCAGAAGCUGUGGCAAGUGAAGCGAACGAUGCGAGGGCACAGAUAUAAUCAGACCGUUGAUGCGAGGGCAUGUUGCGGAUUAAAUGGCGCUAUAUAGAAGACGAAAUCAGCACUCUUACGAUGUAACACUCAAACGGAUCAAUGAACUUCUUGUUUCUGGAAAUGCCAAUGAUUCGGAUGUCUGCCCUAUUCCGAAGAGACAUAUACUGCACCCUUAGAGGCUCCAACCUAUAUCACAGAAAGGCACACGAGCCCAAAUUUUCGUGGAGACUAUACUACAACCCCACAUCCCUGUGACGCUCAUGACGCCUGUGCUAUGCCAGAUUGCCUACAUGUCCUUAGCAGAAGAGAAGCUGUAUUAUUAAGUGGCUGAGUAACCACGACACCUGUCCAUUUUUCCGGAACAU